AUGCCGCAGCCCGAGCAGGGCGGAUUUGAAGAGUGGCGCGCAGCAACACCACCACCUCCCCCUCCACCACCUCCACCAGCUCCGAUACCCGACCGGAGGGUCGAAGAAAUAUUUCUGAGACAGAAUCCGCCAGUUUUUAACGGAAGGGGUGACCCAACUGAAGCCGAAACAUGGAUACGUGCACUCGAGCGCAUAUUUGAUUUUCUGCGAUGCACAGACCAGGAGCGUCUGGCGUGUGUGUCAUUCCAGUUAUCAGGGUCCGCAGACUUUUGGUGGGAAGCACGCAGAAAGACAAUGACUCCACAGCAGCUGGCAAACAUGACUUGGGAGCAGUUCAAAGAAGGAAUCUAUGAGAAGUACAUUCCCAAGAGUUAUAGAAAGAAAAAGGAAAUAGAGUUUUACAACCUGAAACAGGGACGAAUGUCAGUAACAGACUACGACCGUGCUUUCUGUGAUAUGUCCCGAUAUGGACCUGACCAAGUAGAUACUGAAGUGAAAAUGGCCGAGAAAUUUUGUGCAGGUCUGAGGCAUGAAAUAAGAAUGGCGUUGGCUAGCCACGGCGGACUAUCUUAUCCUGAAGCUCUGAGCCGAGCUCUAGACAUUGAAGCGGCAAUGCCUGGAGAGAAACCCACCCCUACUGCUGCAUCCUCACAAUCGCAGACCCCAUCUCAAGCUCCAAGGGACAAGAGAAAGUGGGAAGGGAAUCGGAAUCAGUCGGAACAGAAGAAACCAUGGCCUGGGCAAAACCGUCCAUAG